AUUAUCUUCAAGUGGCCAACAUUCGGUUCAGCCUUUUUUGAAGUCAAGCAAACCACAGAGCCUCAUUUUCCAGAAAUUCUCCUAAUCGCAAUUAACAAGCAUGGCGUCAGCCUGAUAGACCCUAAGACAAAGGAUAUUUUGGCCACCCACCCUUUCACAAAGAUCUCCAACUGGAGCAGCGGAAAUACUUACUUCCACAUCACCAUUGGGAAUCUGGUGCGAGGCAGCAAACUGCUCUGCGAGACUUCACUGGGAUACAAGAUGGACGAUCUCUUGACUUCCUACAUCAGCCAGAUGCUGACAUCGAUGAACAAACAACGG